AUGGACAAUGGUUUAAUCAAUGCUAUACUUUUUAUUGACUUAAAGAAAGCUUUUGAUACCAUUGACCAUGAAAUUUUUCUAAAUAAAUUAUCUCGAUAUGGUUUUAAAUGCAAGACCAUUGAACUUUUCCGUACUCAAAUAACUGUCGUUAACAAUAUCCCAUCUGAUAGCUCAGAUAUUAGAUGUGGGGUUUCUCAAGGAUCCAUUUUAGGACCAUUGUUAUUCCUGUUGUACAUUAAUGACCUACCAAAUUGUAACUUGAUACCCGAUGAACAUCUAUAUGCUGAUGAUACUACAUUGACAUAUGCGGAUAACGACAUUAAUCAACUACUCUCCGUAAUGGAUAGUGAUUUACUUUCGCUUAGAAAUUGGCUUAACAUAAAUAAGCUCAGUCUAAAUACACUUAAAACAAAAUGUAUGUUCAUCGCAACUCGACACAAAUUAGCUACCUUACCAAGUCAACCAACAUGCAGUGGCCAUGGAUGGCAAUAUCAUUGA